CGCAAUAGGUAGAUGCACCAUUCAGAUGUCCUUCUCGCUGAUCACAUAUGUGACAAACUCCAUCGUUCCGGUGCAACAUCCCCUUUAAUCCCUAAUUACGAUGCCAGGGAGAAUGGAUCGGAGUAUCACGUUGAAUCGAGAAACACUGUAUAGCACGUGUGGACCAAUGAACUCAUACAGUAACAAAUGCUACUGAUUCGAGCGACUAGUCGAUCGCACGCAGCCCCAUUGUACGUUAAGUCGCUAAUUGCUCACCGCAUGCUACAUGACUCGAGAGUCCCAGGCAGAUGUUCGAUUAUAAUCAAUGUUCAUUUUGGUAAUACCACGAGAGACAUCAUUAGACGUUAUGAAACAAGGGUGGGAUACCUGGAGGGUAAAGGAUAGUCCUCGAGAAAUGGGGUAGAAAUUUUUUUCCAUUGGGAAACGAGGGACCAAAUGAUAAUCGACGACUUUUUGGGUCCAGUUUUGCAGGAAUAAUUAAUUUUUGGGAUAAAAAUACCCUUCGUCUCUUGUUCCAUCCCCCUCCCCCCCGCCUGGAGGUCUUGUUUUUACCUAAAAUUUAUUUUUAUGGGGGAGAACGUCGAUGGAGACCACUGAGGUGUCUUCUGAAGGCCGAUUUUCCACUGUUGCUAAUUUAAAAAGGUAAGAUGGUACUUAAUAUUAAUAUUCCUCGAGUAAUGUGUGAACUGCAGUCAUGUAGCUCCAUAAUCAGUGAGGCUAAUUAGACUGAACGGAAUUUCUGUCAAUAAUUUAUCCACAAAAUUCACUGAUAUCUGGAAUGUAUGUACAUAGAAAAUUCACGAUUAACGUAAGUUCGCAUAAUCUGUAUGGAGCGUAAAAUACGUAAUGCUAAUAAAAAUGCAGAGGGCAAUGCGUCAUGUGAGAUAAAAACAGUUGUGCUGGCUCAACGCCUCUCUUUCACCACUCGCUGCUCGUUAUUUCUCGUAUUAGAGUUAUUUCCCGAUAAAGAACAGUACAAUUAGGGUUUUUAAUUCCAUUAUGGUAAUUCCGUUGAUUGAGACUGACUUGGGAAUAUUGAGAGGAGCUUUUCAAGAUAAUAUCACCGGUGGAAAUUAUGUGGCAUUCAAAGGUGUUCCCUAUGCGACCCCACCACUCGGUGAUUUACGAUUUCGAGAUCCUGUGCCCGUUGAACCAUGGACUGGAGUAAGAGAUGCCAGGGAAUUCGGUAACGUUUGUUAUCAAUAUGACUCAGAAACGGAGAGAUACGUUGGCAGUGAAGACUGCCUCUACCUCAAUGUGUACAUGCCAAAUUUGGAAUUAUCAAACUUGAAGGCAGUGAUGGUUUGGAUACACGGUGGGGCCUUCCAAAAAGGAUCUGGAAAUGAUGAUGUCUUUGGUGUUGACUACCUCAUCAAAUCCGACGUUAUCAUUAUCACUUUGAAUUAUCGAAUGGGCUGUCUCGGUUUUUUAAAUUUGCGGCACAAAGCUGCACCCGGAAAUCAGGGAAUGAAAGAUCAAGUGAUGGCGCUGAGAUGGGUAAAACAAAAUAUCAAAAAAUUUGGUGGCGAUCCGAAUAAUGUAACAAUAGUUGGUCAAAGUGCUGGAGCUGUUUCUGUACAUUAUUUGCUUGUGUCGUCCAUGGCACGUGGAAUAAGUGCAACAAAACCUGAGGCUGUGGUGGAGCACUUGAGAAAAGUGAACAUUGAAAAAUUAAUCGAAGCACAGGAGAAAGUUAUCACCCCAGAUGAAGACUUGCUGCUGAUGUUACCUUUUACUCCGGGACAUGAUGAGACGUCUGAUGAUCCAUUUUUUCCUCAGACCGAGCAAGACGCUAUCAAAAUGCAAAUUUCGGUUCCUUGCAUCAUCGGUUAUAUUACCGACGAGUUAACAGCACGAGAAGAUACGUGCAAAGCAGCUGCCAAAAAUCCAAAACCAGUGUUACCAGCAAUGGUCAUGCAUUACUACGAUGACAGGAAUAUUUCAGUGGAUAAAGUGAUCGAUCAUUAUAUGGAUGAGGACCACAGACUUGAUGACCAAAGACUUUUUUCACAGUUGGCCCAUCUCAUUACUUCCGUAAUCUUUCUCUCUUCCAUACACACCGUUUUCGAGGCUCAAGUGAAAAAUUCGGAUGUGCCAAUUUUCUACUACAAAUUCUCAUUCGAUAGCAAGAAAACACUGAUGAAAGUGAAGAAUAUUCAUCAUGGUUGCGGUCAUGGUGAUGACCUGAGCUUUCUUUUUGCUCACAAAGCGUUGGACCAAUUGGGACGGAAGCCACUUUGUUCUGAUGACGUUCACAAUCGUAUCAUUCAGAGAUUUGUCAAGAUGUGGACAAACUUCGCUAGAACGGGGAAUCCAACGCCGAAGAGAACACAACUGAUACCAGUUAUCUGGGAGCCCAUUGAUACGAGACAAUUCUAUGAGUACAAAUAUUUGCACAUCACCGAUAAUCUUACGAUGGAGUCGGAGCAGAAUCAUUUUCAAAAUUUGCUCCCGAAAUGUUCGAAGUCCAACUGAUUCUGUGCCUGAUAUUGUACCAAUGGUUUGUAGAGAAAAUUUGGAUUGAUUGUCAAAUAAAAAUUUUAUGACGAAGGAGGGGUACUUACUGCCAUAAAAAAAUUCAUCUGUCCAAAAAUGUCCAGAAGGCUCAUCACAAGAUCUUCCCGAACACUAAAAAAUUGGUUGACAGAUCUUCAGACGACAAUUUUACUUUAGAUUUUGGCUGAGCGUUUGUUAAAAAUGAUUUUGAAUUUUAGAUGAGUUCGUUUAAUUUUUUCGGAGAGUGUAAUACAAUGAAAUAAAAAGGAAACUGAAAAAACUCAA